GUACCAAGAGUAUGCGGACUGCAUUAGCUUUGACACAACAUUCCUAACAAACAAGUACAACUUGCCGUUUGCACCAUUCGUUGGUGUUUCUCCACAUGGGAAGAAAUACUUGUUUGCUUGUGCCCUUAUUAUCGAUGAAACUGCUAACACAUUCAAGUGGUUGUUCCAGCAGUUCUUAGCAGCAAUGGGAGGCAAGGCACCCAAAACAAUAAUAACUGACCAAGACAGAGGAAUGGAAAAGGCAAUAAAAGCCGUGUUUCCACAAGCAACACACAGAACAUGCUUGUUCCAUGUGAUGAAAAAAGCCGAAGAGAAAAGGUGUAGAGUGUUCCAACUGAAUCAAGGACUAUAUGAGGACUUUCACGACAUAGUGAAUAACUCAUUGACAGAGAGAGAGUUUGAAACACUAUGGCAAACAAUGAUUGAAACUUACAAUGUGGGUGAGGUGAAAAUUUUCCAUGACAUGUGGGAAGCAAGGAAAAAAUUUGUGCCAGUGUACUUCAAGACAAAGUUUUUCCCAUUCAUCCAAACAACAGCUAGGAGUGAGGGUACAAAUGCUUUGUUCAAGAAGGGGGUUGGUGCACAGUUCAGCAUGACAAGUUUCCUACGAGAAUACCAGAGAAUACUAGACAACAUCCAUGCAAAUGAGGAUGAGCUUGACCAUAAUGCAAAGAACAAAAAAGUUUCCUGGAAAUCAUUCAACACUAAGUACUACAUCGAGAGACAAGCACACAGCCUGUACAACAUAAGCAUCUUCAGAAAAUUUCAGCUCAUUCACAAUGAUGUAAUAAGACUGCAAAUCAGAGAAGAGGAAAAAAUGAAACUAUACAUGGUGUACCAAGCAAAGAACUACUACAAACAAGAACACAGGACAAGGCUUUAUGUGGUGCAAGUGGAUACUGAGAAAAGAAGAUUACUCCUGCAUUUGUUGCAAGUUUGAAAAGGAUGGCAUUUUGUGCUCUCAUAUUCUAAAAGUCAUGUUGCACCUUGAGGUGGAUAAGAUACCAUACAAAUACAUAAUAGACAAGUGGAGGAAACAAGGCCAGAAAAUGAAUAAACCCAAGGCGAUUCCACUCAUAUUAGAUAAUGAUGAACUGAGAUACAAUGUCCUAGGCAUGAAGCUAGUGGAGCUUGGCUCAAACGCUUCAAAGAGUCAAAGGAAGUUUCAAUACUUGCUAUCAGAAAUGUUCAGGAUUCAACAACACUUAAUUGAUAUGGAUAGAGAAGGAGAAGAAGAGAUGGAUGGGCAAGGAGAACAAAUAGAGGAGAGCAACAGAUCCAACAAGACAAUAGGCACACUGACAACUAUGGCACAGAGUGGUGGCAGCAAAUCAACUAUUGAGCUAUUGAAUCCUGAUAAGGCGCACACAAAAGGGCGCCCACGAAUGAUGACCAUACAAGAACGCAUAAAAAACAAGACAUUCUACAAGUGCAACCACUGUAAUGAUCCGGGUCACACAAAAAGGAAAUGCACUAAUCUGGAUAAAGUAUACGACAUCCCAAAAAAGAAGAUAUCAAGGAAGACUAGCCAGCCAAGAUCAGCUGAUGGAGGGCGAGGGCGACAGAACGCUACCAACAAAGAGAUCAACGCCACCAACAUACCUAUCAAUGAGGUCUCCCAACUGCAGCAAUGACGUGGCUCCUACCCUGCAACUCUAACUCCCUCUACUCGUACCCUGCAUGGAUAGAGAACAAAGGAGUAGUCAGGACUAUUUACAUUUUCUGAUUGCACAAACUUCAUGUAAGAAAAAAAGAUUGAGAGAAAAAAGAAUGUUUACAAAAAAUAUGUGAAAAACCUUAUUAGAAGCAAAGAAUAUGAACAAAAAUGAGUGUGAUGUUUUCAUGUUAUUUGAUAUAGAUGCGAACAAGGACUGAUUGUAGACAUCUUUGUUAGUCUUUCA